CCAGGCGAGUUCGACUUCGUCAACGUCGAUGCCUCUGACCCCUCUCGCUUCCCCCUCGGUCUCGAUGAAGAAUUCAACAUUCUCCUCGACGGUCUCCCGUCUGGCCUUUGCCAGCGCCUUGCAGCUGCCUCCCUCGAACAGGAUACCCGGGUACUUGACUGGCCCGUGGUCGAUGGCAAGCUGCAAGUGCGGGAUGUGAGUUCAGGUAAUUCCAACCACGUCGCGGGAGCACUCGGCCAAUUACUUGGUCU